AAGAAAUCUUUCUCCUCCUUUGUUGUGAAUCAACGAGCGGUAACCCCUCCUCCAAUCAGAGUCAAACGGAGUCCGCGGCGUCGACCAAUCACGGGGCAGCUGGCUCUUUGAGCCGUCUGCUGGUUUACUAUUCACUGUGUGUUUUGUGUAGACGUCCAGCUGAUAGCCCGCACUACGACCGCAGCUCUGUUAUUGUCUAACUCGGCGGACAGAAGUUAGAACUCGAGAACUCUCGUGGAUUACGGCCGCACCAGGGUGUACACGUGCAUGCUGGGAACUCAGUGGUGGUCGCUCUGCCUCAGUUUGUUCAUAAUACACACUUAAAAGCACUUGUUCGUUCUGUUGCAAAGUUUUAAAAGGAUAAUCUACAAGGUUUUCAAGAAAAUACAGUUUUACAUACUUAUAAGCAUUGCUGAGUGGAGGUUUUCUGAGUCAAAGUCAGCAAUCCAAGGUUUUCGAGAAAUUACAGUUUUUAAAUACUUACAAGCAUCGCUGGGUGCAGGUUUUCCAAGGGAAAGUUAAUAAUCAACAAUCUAAACGUUUUCAAGAAGUUGGUUUUUACAUGCUUUAGUGCAGAUUUUUACGAUUUGAAAGUCAUAUGCAUGGUGUUGACUGACGUCCUAUAAAUUCAUACACGUGUAGGCCUAUAUAUGUGGUGUGUUUGACCGUCUACAAAGUGUUGACAUGGAUACAAAGACAUUUCUACAAGUUCCAGGCAAAGACGAUGCCGACAAAUACACGGCUUCCAUUGAACUCUCGAACGCAUGCCGCAAAUUCUACAAAUCACGCAUGGAAACGGCCGAGGCCAUGAAACAGAAGUGGGAGAAGACCCCGGUGUCUGCGACUGAUGCCAACGGGAACGGAAAACAGAAGAACUCCAUAGACCUGGCCAUGGAACGCCUACGAGAGGAAAUGGCCUCUCUGAUGGACCAGGACCUCUCUCUGAUGAAGCAGCUGUUGACCUUGAACGAAAGUAUCGAGGACCUGAAAUGGCAGCGCAAGUAUUACUACAGCUCCUUGCAGUCUAGCUCAUGCGAGGGCAGCGAUUGGUCAGUUUCCGAGACGGAAAUGUACGAUUCAGACAGCGACGUCCCCGCCAAGUAUCCGACGCCGUCCAGUCUGUCCCUGCAGUCAGCGAAGAACAAGCGCUUCGGCAGCGACGACAGCACCACCGACAACGGCUUUGUACAUUCUUCAGACCAGACUCUCAACCUUAAUCUGAACACGAGCAAAUUUCUCGAAACUGGGAAACGGUUUGUAGAAACUCAAAUACUGGUCAACGGAAGUUCGUAUAAAAGUUGUCACGGGGAACAAAAUUCGUUCGACUCCGGAAUUCAUGACCCAUGCUGUGAAGUAGAGAUUCGGGUGUGAGAUUAUUUGUAAUAUAUAUACCUCCGUGACGUCAUUAUUUGUGAUUUUGAUAAUGUUUUCGCCCGUUACUUGUGUUAGAAAUGAAAGGUUUUCUUAUCGAGUGUGAAUGUGUGAUGAAUCUCAGAUAAUGUCAAGUUAUGUCAAUGAGCAUGCCUGUUGCAGGCACUUGUUCCGACCACGUGUCUAAGAUGGGGGAAACGAUCUGGAUGAGGAAAGGGAAGCAUUUUUGUUACGACAUUGGCAAGACAUAAGUCGAAUAAUAUUUAUAUAAUGACUGUUUGUGUGAUGUAUUUGACCUUAGGACAUCGCACAUUUGAAACGAAGCUGCUGAAUUCAGAUGGAAUGUGGCUGAAGUCGCAUUUGAAAUGCAAUAAGCAUGUGGAAUGUAACCAUGUUGUUAAUACGGUUUACGGUGACAUUUUGAUCGACUGUAAAAUUGCAAGUAUCCAUCAUGUAUUCGGAACGAUGGCUUAUUCGGAAGCUUGAUAAUUGCAACAGGUAUACAACUAGUGUUUGACGAGGGUCUGAGUUUGUAAAAUAUGUUACAGUCUGGAUCUGAGCACAGUCUUUGUGUAGAAUCUAAAACCAUGAAGCCUACAUUCAUUUGUUUGGAGUUAGAAUCUAGACAAAGCUUGAUGUCAGUUCCGACCGUAAUCGUCUUUUUCAAACACGGGCCCAGAUUAAUAACGAUAUCAGAUAUUGGUAUGAAUGGAUUAUGCUUCCUAUGAUAAUAUAAUGUGAUGCUCCUUUAAUUUAUUAUUUUACAACUGAUGUCGUAACAAGAUGUCAUGCAUUAGUAGAUUUAGUAGGUCUGUAAAUGUCAAGGUUCCAUUUUGUGUAGAAAUACCUUACGAUAUCAGACGUAGAUCAAGAGAAGAGUGACACAAAAUUAAUUAGAUGGCGAAGAUGGGUCAUACUUAGGAAAGGGCAGAGGGCAGUUGACCCCAUCCAGAAAAAUAUGAAAACGAUAAUUUUCAAGUUUUAAAAUUCCGUUUUAGCCAAACUUAGUUUAGGUUAGGUACAGCCCUGCGAAAGGUAAUGAUUAGGGAAGAUAACGGAGGGGAACUGUUCGACUUCCACUAAGGAUUGGUGAACGAACGAUAGGGAGUAGGUGUAGUUGGCUGUGACCGGAUAUGACGUGUUUCCAUAUCGGUAACAAAUCGCUUUUGUUCAUCGAGAACAUGACAUGAAUAUUAUGUAUCACUGUGUGCUCGUGUUCCACGCAGAUUGAGAUACGCUUUACUGUCUAUAGAGUUUUCAAAACGGAUACAACAGUCUGUGAAUUAUGCUUUGGAAUAAUUGUAUCUGUGUCAUGACAAAUGCAAGUCGGUCUACAUACACUAAGGUUUCGCCAUUGUAAUUAGUGCAAUACUUGUUUUCAACGGAGUUAAUAUGAGAAUUAUUAUUCAGAUCAAUAUCAAACAAAACAUAACUACAGCAACAUAAUAAGCACCUGCUAGUCCUGUUAUCUACUUAGGGUACAACAAAUGCAAAUCAAAUAUGUAUAUGGGUAUAUGUAUAAUUAUGUAUAUGUAUAUGUAUAUGGAACUUAUAUGACGAAGCGGUUUUGACAAAUGAUAUUCUGACCGGACGUUUUGUGGGGUUUGGGGUUUUGGUCCUGUUACAUCAUAUAACAUGUUAGAUGGGUAACGUUUUAACACACAGAAAAACCCAUAUCUCAGGUGCACCUAAUAGGUUUCCUUUACAGCUUCAUUAAUGCAUCAACCGGCCUCGGUGGGUGGCGUCGUGGUUAGGCCAUCGGUCUACAGGCUGGUAGGUACUGGGUUCGGAUCCCAGUCGAGGCAUGGGAUUUUUAAUCCAGAUACCGACUCCAAAACCUGAGAGU